AAUAGGAAAGGGCAAAAAAGAGAAGAAAGAGAAGAAAAAAAAAACCUAUCCACGCCCGAAGUCCAAAACCUCACUUGUGGAAUCCACGCAGAAUCCACGAAGCUAAGAUGCCCUCUUCUUCAUGGAUUCUGAGAGUUGUUGCAGAAAACCCAAUUAGAAUCUGAAGUUUUUUCUUUUUUUUUGUGAAAACCCAUCUUUGAUUCUCAUGGGAACCCUGCUUAGAACCCACAACAGGCUAGAACUGCUCCACCCACUUCAUGAAUUAGCGGAAAGGCACUUCCUUUCCCCUUCCCCCAACCUCCUCCAAACCCCCAGCUCCACCAAGCUUUUCAAUGGAAAACCAUGUCAGAGAAGGUGUAAAGGUUCAUCCAUUAGGAUCAGCAGCAGCGCGAUUCUUGACCUAAUCCCUGAAACCAAGAAAGAACUCCUCGAAUUCGAUCUCCCUUUGUAUGACCCUUCCAAAAGACUCUCCGUGGAUCUCGCUGUGGUUGGCGGGGGCCCAGCUGGGCUCGCCGUGGCCCAACAAGUCUCUGAAGCUGGGCUUUCGGUCGUCUCCAUUGACCCCAACCCGAAGCUCAUUUGGCCUAAUAACUAUGGAGUCUGGGUUGAUGAGUUUGAAGCCAUGGACCUCUUAGACUGCCUCGAUGCAACUUGGUCCGGUGCUAUUGUAUAUAUCGAUGAUCUUAGCACGAAGUCUCUCGAUAGGCCUUAUGCCCGUGUUAAUCGCAAGAAUCUCAAGUCUAAGAUGAUGAAGAAAUGUGUCAAUAAUGGUGUUAGAUUCCAUCAAGCUAAAGUUGUGAAGGUCAUCCACGAGGAGAACAAGUCACUAUUGAUUUGCAACGAUGGAGUCACUAUUGAAGCUGGUGUUGUUCUUGAUGCCACUGGAUUCUCGAGAUGUUUGGUUCAGUAUGAUAAGCCUUAUAACCCUGGAUAUCAAGUGGCUUAUGGGAUUUUAGCCGAAGUUGAAGAACACCCAUUUGAUGUCGAUAAGAUGGUGUUUAUGGACUGGAGAGAUUCGCAUCUCAAUUCGAAAGCAGAAAUGAAGGAGAGAAAUGGGAAAAUACCCACUUUUCUAUAUGCAAUGCCAUUUUCAUCAAAUAGGAUAUUUUUGGAGGAGACCUCGUUGGUCGCUCGUCCUGGUUUGAAGAUGGAGGAUAUACAAGAGAGAAUGGUGGCUCGAUUAGAGCAUUUGGGCAUCAAAAUAAAGAGUAUUGAAGAGGAUGAGAGGUGUGUGAUUCCAAUGGGAGGUCCUUUACCUGUGAUUCCACAAAGAGUCGUUGGAAUUGGGGGAACUGCUGGAAUGGUUCAUCCUUCAACUGGUUAUAUGGUAGCAAGAACUCUCGCAGCUGCUCCAAUUGUUGCAAAAUCAAUUGUUAGGUACCUUGGUUCAGAGCAUGGGCACGCGGGUGAUGAGCUUUCAACCGAGGUUUGGAAGGAUUUAUGGCCGAUUGAGAGGAGGAGACAGAGGGAGUUCUUCUGCUUUGGUAUGGAUAUCUUGCUUAAGCUUGAUUUAGAAGGGACUAGAAGGUUUUUUGAUGCGUUUUUUGAUUUGGAACCUCGGUAUUGGCAUGGGUUUUUGUCGUCGAGAUUGUUUCUUCCUGAACUUUUGUUUUUUGGGCUUUCAUUGUUCUCGCAUGCUUCAAAUACUUCUAGGUUAGAAAUCAUGGCUAAGGGCACUCUUCCUUUGGUAAAUAUGGUCAAUAACUUAGUUCGGGAUAGGGAAUAAAUUUUCUUAAGAAUUUCACUCUUCUUGUAACCAUGAUGUUAUAUUUAUAGCAUGUAUUGUCUUUGUUUCUUGGAAACAUGUAUGUAAAAUGUUUUGGGCAUGUAUUGUCUAGAGAUCAAUUUAUAAGAGCUCAUCGAGCUCUUUUCAUAAAGAAACAUGAAUACAACCAAUUUUCUUUC